AUGGUUUCAGUCCUGGGCCGCGCGGGGCCACCUCAGCCGCGGAGGGCGCGCCGGCUGCUCUUCGCCUUUACGCUCUCGCUCUCCUGCACUUACCUGUGUUACAGCCUCCUGUGCUGCUGCGACGACCUCGGCCAGAGCCGCCUCCUCGGGGCGCCGCGCUGCCUUCGCGGGCCCGGAGCGGGCGGCCGGAAACUUCUCCCAAAGUCCCGCCCCUGCGAGCCUCCGGGACCGGCACCCAGCGCGCCCAGCGCGCCCAGCACGCCCAGCGCGCCCGCCGCCGCCGCCGCCGCCGCGCCGGCCCCUCGCCUCGGCCCUUCCAACCACUCGGGCUCCCCGAAGCUGGGCACCAAGCGGCUGCCCCAAGCGCUCAUCGUGGGCGUGAAGAAGGGGGGCACCCGGGCCGUGCUGGAGUUUAUCCGGGUGCACCCUGACGUGCGGGCCCUGGGCACCGAGCCCCACUUCUUCGACCGCAACUACGGCCGCGGGCUGGACUGGUACAGGAGCCUGAUGCCUAGGACCCUGGACAGCCAGAUCACGCUGGAGAAGACCCCGAGUUACUUUGUCACCCAAGAGGCCCCUCGCCGGAUCUUCAACAUGUCUAGAGACACCAAGCUCAUCGUGGUGGUGCGGAAUCCCGUGACCCGGGCCAUCUCGGAUUACACCCAGACCCUCUCCAAGAAGCCCGACAUCCCUACCUUCGAGGGCCUGUCCUUCCGCAACCGCACGCUGGGCGAGGUGGACGUGUCGUGGAACGCCAUCCGCAUCGGCCUAUAUGCGCUGCACCUGGAGAGCUGGCUGCGGUACUUCCCGCUGGCCCAGAUCCACUUCGUCAGUGGCGAGCGGCUCAUCACCGACCCGGCCGGCGAGAUGGCGCGGGUGCAGGACUUCCUGGGCGUCAAGCGCUUCAUCACAGACAAGCACUUCUACUUCAACAAGACCAAAGGCUUCCCUUGCUUGAAGAAACCGGAAUCGAGCCUCCUGCCUCGCUGCCUGGGCAAAUCCAAAGGGAGAACUCAUGUCCAGAUCGAUCCGGACGUCAUAGACCAGCUCCGGGAGUUUUAUAGACCUUAUAAUAUUAAAUUCUAUGAAACAGUUGGGCAGGACUUCAGGUGGGAAUAAGUCAAGUGGGUACAAGGGUGCUUCUCGGUUUGCUCUCGGAACCUGUCACCUUUCCCCCACAGUCCCUUCCCCGUGGCAUCCUAGGAUAGGGACGUCCAUCCAGCGAGGGCCCAGGACCAGGGAACUUCUGCCUCAUCUGCCAAGGCAAAGUGGAUCUGCUUCGGGCAUUGCCAGUCAAGUUCAGGACCACUCUUCCUUCAGCCUGUAAGAAACUCCACCCCCAUCCUCCCCCUCAACUCAGAGCAGCCCGAGAGGACAGAGUCGAACUGCCCCAUAGGGUUUCGGAGCCCGUCACCUUUAUGGAGCAGACCACCAUGUCUUUCCCCCUCUGAGCCACUGGCUGGGAGGUUCGAACUCCGGGCCUUUCAGUUACCGGUUGAGUGCUCCUUUCAGCCCAUAAGAGGCUUUGGGAAAUUCCCUUCCAAAGAGUGGUCCUUCCCAUCGUGAUCACCAUUGUAAGUGGUGACAGCUCCGUUGCUAUGAGCACAGCAGUCUGACCCUGUCCCUGUGCACUCCGGAGUAGGCAUGUUCAUACCAGGCAGCACGCCUCUCCUCUCUGAGCCUAAUUUCCCUGGCCAG